AUGUUGACUCUCCACACUCACUCCUCUCACUCUCACUCUCAGCGUCACCGCUGCUCUCAUGUAAAGUCAGGAGAUGAAGAAGAGACCAUCUUACUGUUUCAAGAUAAAGACCUGGUACAACAGCAUCAGCUGGUACAACAUCAGCUGGAACAACAGCUGGAACAACAGCAUCAGCUGGUACAACAGCAACAGCUGGUACAACAGCAACAGCUGGUACAACAGCAUCAGCUGGUACAACAGCAACAGCUGGUACAACAGCAUCAGCUGGUACAACAGCAACAGCUGGUACAACAACAUCAGCUGGUACAACAGCAACAGCUGGUACAACAGCAACAGCUGGUACAACAACAUCAGCUGGUACAACAGCAACAGCUGGUACAACAGCAACAGCUGGUACAACAGCAACAGCUGGAACAACAGCAUCAGCUGGUACAACAGCAUCGGCUGCAUCAGCUGGUACAACAACAGCUGGUACAACAGCAUCAGCUGGUACAACAGCAACAGCUGGUACAACAGCAACAGCUGGUACAACAGCAACAGCUGAUACAACAACAGCUGGUACAACAACAGCUGGUAGAACAACAACAGCUGGUACAACAGCAACAGCUGGUACAACAGCAACAGCUGGUACAACAACUUCAACUGGUACAACAACAGCUGGUAGAACAACAACAGCUGGUACAACAGCAACAGCUGGUAGAACAGCAACAGCUGGUACAACAACAACAGCUGCUGGUGCAACAACAACAGCUGGUACAACAGCAUCAGCUGGUACAACAACAACAGCUGGUACAACAGCAACAGCUGGUACAACAGCAUCAGCUGGUACAACAGCAACAGCUGGUACAACAACAGCUGGUACAACAACAACAGCUGCUGGUACAACAGCAUCAGCUGGUACAACAACAACAGCUGGUACAACAGCAACAGCUGGUACAACAGCAUCAGGUGGUACAACAGCAACAGCUGGUACAACAGCAUCAGCUGGUACAACAACAACAGCUGGUGCAACAACAACAGCUGGUACAACAGUAUCAGCUGGUACAACAACAACAGCUGGUACAACAGCAACAGCUGGUACAACAGCAUCAGCUGGUACAACAACAACAGCUGGUACAACAGCAACUGCUGGUACAACAGCAACAGCUGGUACAACAACAACAGCUGGUACAACAGCAACAGCUGGUACAACAGCAACAGCUGGUACAACAGCAUCAGCUGGUACAACAACAACAGCUGGUACAACAGCAUCAGCUGGUACAACAACAACAGCUGGAGCUUAUUAACAGAUAUAUGGAAAAGGGCAAAUAUAGUAACAAUCUAUAA